AUGUCGACAGUCUUCUUCUCCGUUUCCAAUUUGAUCUUCCUCUCAAAUCCAAACUACUCUGUUCGCUACUCACUCUCGCCUAAAGCGACGCCGUUUCGGCUCGUUCGGUCUUCUCGAAGGAGGCUAGCGAUUCCGGUGUGUUCGAAGUCGUCGGAGGCGGAGGAGGUCUCGGCGGCGCCGGAGGACGAGUGGCUGAAGCGGCUGCCGGACAAGAAGAAGCCUCUGUAUUCUCACAGUCUGCCUUGCAUUGAGGCGUGGCUGAGAAGCUUGGGGUUCUUCCAGAGCAGAGAGGACCGCGCCGUUUGGCUGAUCGACAAGCCGGAGUGGCACGCGCAGCUCUCACUCGACGUCACCGAUCUCUAUGUCAGGUAUCUAAAGACUGGACCUGGAAAUCUUGAAAAGGAUAUGGAGAGGAGAUUUAGCUAUGCACUGAGCAGAGAGGACAUUGAAAAUGCAGUGCUUGGAGGUCCCUGAGAAAGUGCCCAGUUAUUAAAAAUAGGGUAUAAAAGGGGUACACUUCAACAUUUUAAUCUGGCCAAAGUUUUAAAAAUUAUUGAAAAUUGCCCGAUUAGAUGGACUGUUGUAGUUAUAAGGCAGCUUGUUUUAGGAAUAUGACUGAUAAUAUAUCUUCCUGGUUCACUAUUUAUGGUUAUGUUGUGUUGCUACUUGCUACUCUGUGAAAGCAAAGAGGCUGCAUUUCCUGUUUUCUGAGCUCUUGGAGACGUGAAAUUUGAUUAGAACAUGAGAAUCGAUUUCGCAAGUCCAGACAUAUGAGCAAUUUUUUUCCCUUUUUUCCUAACGAAUUUGCGACGGAAAGAAACUCAUAUCUGAAGGGUUUAGAACUAUGUCUUAUGCUGCCUCAAGUUUUCAACUACAGUUCCAAAAAAUCAUAUGUAAGAAGUAUACAAGGGAAAACAAUCAUAGAAGUAAGAACUGGGGUGAAAUGUCACCUCUCAAAGCAUUUCAUUAGGGGAAUGGGAAUACAAGCAUGGAGAUAUACAAGGUGCCGAGUGCCGACCAUACUGCCCAAAAGUCCAAAGUGUGGGUGGAACAUGGAAGUACCCUCUUUUGAAGACAUGUGAGUUUCUGCAAAGAAGAAUCCAAUGUACACCCAAUAAUGGGUAAAGCAAAACAGAUAAGCAAAGCUUUUGUGGCAAUGUGGCAUCAAUAAGACAUGAAAAUACACGAGA